AACUAGGUAUAUAAAUUCAAGGGAAUCUGAAACUCGGAUUAACCGAUCUAAGGUCUUUUCGUUUACCUCCAUUGGUCCUCAAAUUGGAACUUUUAUGUAUUUAUGACAUGGCAACAGUGGAUGGUGAUAUCAUUUGCCGUUUCUUUGCAGGUCAAACAUUUUUUCUCAUUUUUUUAUUCUGUGAAGUAAAUAUAUUAAUCGCGCAAUUUGAGAGUAACAUUGUAAUUAUAACAAGAAAAUUUAUUCUUAGACAUGUCAAAAAUAUUUAAAAAAAGUCCGGAUAAACACUGUAAGGCUAUCGGAAAUCAUAAAACUUAUUUAUCAAGAAUUACUAAGACCCUGUAUUAUGGAAAAUUACCAAGAACAGAAACACUGAGUUUACCAGUAACAGAAUUGGCCGCUGAAUUAUUUUCUGAAGUGCAGAGAGGCAAAUCAUUGGAAAGGUUGCAUUAUAAUGAGGCUGCUGAAAUAUCUAGAAACGCUUGCAUUUCACCGUGUUCGUUGGUUUUGGCGAUGCUUUAUUUGGAAAGAUUAAAGAAAUGCAAUCCUGAAUAUUUGGAUAAAACUGCUCCAUCUGAUUUAUUCCUAGUAUCUCUUAUGGUUUCAUGUAAAUUUCUAUUCGACGAUGGAGAAUCCGACGAAGUUUUUGUUGAUGAGUGGGCAGCAUCCGGGGGCAUUUCUGUGAGGGAAUUGGUUCAUCUAGAAAAGGAUUUCUUGAAAGCAAUAGACUGGGAAAUUUACGUAAGCGAACUAAGUUUCUGGAAAAAGCUCAACGAGAUGGAAACCACGCUGGCGGCAAGGCAGGGGGCUUUAAGGGGUUAUUUUACUUACACGGAACUACAGAAUUUGGCCGGUAUCGUCGAAAUACAUAACCUGAUUCACUGCCUUGUGGCUGUGUCGAUUAUUCUGGCCGCCGCUUAUACCGCUGGGUUCUUGACUCUGGUAAGUUCUGUGUUUCUCGUCAGCCAUGUACCGGGAACGAGCUUGUACCUCAAAAAAAGCGACAAUCAAGCCGGUUACCCGCCGCCGCCAAUCACCGAGAUCGAAUUAAUGGAAGAACCUGAUUUCAAGACUGAAACUAGACCGAAAUGCGGGAGGAACAUGGAUAUUGUUAACGUCCUUAAAACUAGCAUAUUACUCGCUUCGAUCAAGUCUCCCGAUCGGACCAACACGACGGAUGUUACUUUGAGGACAGAUGACGAUAACGCUCAGUAUAUUUCCUGGGAUUAUUGGAAUAUACCCGUUAUGGAAUGGUUGGCGGAGUCUUCUCGGUUCGUGUCGAGCUUUACCAUCGAAAUACCUUUUAAAUAUUACACGUAUUUUUUGGAGACCUCCGCGUUGAGUUCAAAGGGUGUCGAACUGGAAGAAUCGAUAAGUAAGGCGACGAAGACCAGAAUCCAGGACCAGAUGGAAUCGUCGUGGCACGAGGAGUGGACGGACACAUUCAGAUACGGUCUAUUCUUCGGGAGAAUGUAUCCGUGUCACCUGCACAGCAUCAAGUCUUGAAUUAGGUAAAACGUACUUUGUCUAAACGUAUUUAAGAAUUUUGUUUUUUUCGAUCCUGUAUUUGUGCUCUUAUUUUGGAAAUAAAGAAAGCCAAAUUCGCCUAUUCUGUGGUAAA